AUGAGCACUCAGCGCCAAGAUGCUACGGAGCUUCAGCAAUUAUGCGUUGAUCGCGGAAUUGAAUCAUUCGAAUCCGAGCAUAUUCUGCAACCGCAGGUUUUGCCGAGCCUCGCAGACGAGGACCGUCCGACGAUCUGCGAUCACACUGCUCCAGCGUUCCAGCAACCACUUGCUUUUGACAGCGGUCUCCCGGGACUUGACUGUACUGCAAGUCAGCAUUUUGGUCUUGAAAACAUAGAAAACUCUGCUCUGACCAGCGUGUGUUGCGAUACAACAAUUGGUCCCGCAAUUGUGGAAAGUCCUAUUUUCCGAGACCUGGAGCGGGCCCCGACAAGUGAAGAGACUUCUAACGAUGAGGCGAAGUCUCGUUCGUCGGGUAAAGCUAUUCGUGACCGUGACAAGCGAUUAAAUUCAAAAAGCACAAUGAAGGCACGGCGGCAGAGUUCCAAAGGUGAUCGUCGUACUCGAGCGAAAGAUUCAGCCAGAAUGUCGUUUCCUAUUCUUCGAGGUUAUUUCUGUUCUCUACCAGUUGAAGAGCAACUGCAGUUCUUAUCCUGGCUGUUUCAGGGUGCUUUGUCCCAAUGCCUCCAUCGUUCAACCAACUCACAUGACGCAUCGUCGUUAGGGUUUGUCGCAGGCGAUGCAGAUUUUUCGACUGCCUCUGUGCAAUCAUUACCGGAUGCCAACGCGGUCGACGCAGAGCCUUCUCGCACUUCGAGAAAAGGACUUCCUUUUUCUGCGGAAGAGGAUCGCCUUCUGGUAAAGCUUAGGAAGGAGGAAAAUCUGGCCUGGUCGGAAGUGGUCACGCGAUUUAGCCAGAAAUUCCCUGGGAGAAGUAAAGGCUCCAUACAAGUGCACUGGAGCACGAGGCUUAAAAACCCAACCGCCGUCUUGAACUAG